AGGGCCUACAUGAGAGGAAGCAAUGAACCGCUGAAGCAGCAGACAGCAGGAGCUGUUGGCCAGAUGCUGCUGGAUGCUGACAGGAGAAAGCUGAUUCGGAGACGAGCAGCCAGAAAUGUUUGGACACGUCGUCAUUUUGGAUCUGGCAUCUGAGUGAGUGUCUGUGCUUCAUGAAGCUUUGAAUUUGAGUCGAGGCUGAGUGAGCAGUUGGAAAGGUAUGGGACCUCCUUCUGACAAGCCUCCCGUGGUUUCCCCCACUUGUGUCCCAGUGUAGCCCGCUGGCAGAGCCACGCAGGUGGGAGGAUGUCGAGCACGGCUCCGUCGAAGAAGCCUUACCGCAAGGCACCUCCGCAGCAUCGCGAGAUCCGUCACGAGGUCCCCAUCAUUCGUGACGACCAGGAUGGAGUGAUCUUGGCCGAGCAGAGUCAGGAGCCCUUGACGGAUGCAGAAAGGAUGAAGUUGCUGCAGCAUGAGAACGAAGAACUGCGCCGGCGGCUGACAUACGUGACUAACAAAAUGGAGGCGAUGGAGAGGGAGCUGGAGUCGGGUCAAGACUACCUGGAGAUGGAGCUGGGCCAGAACCGUGAGGAGCUGGAGAAAUUCAAAGACAAAUUCCGUAGGUUGCAGAACAGCUACACUGCCUCCCAGAGAACCAACCAAGACCUGGAGGAGAAGCUGCAUGCCCUAAUUAAAAAGGCAGAGAUGGACCGCAAGACGCUGGACUGGGAGAUUGUAGAGCUCACUAAUAAAUUGCUUGAUGCAAAAACUACCAUCAAUAAGCUGGAAGAACUCAACGAACGCUACCGACAGGACUGUAACCUCGCGGUACAGCUGCUCAAGUGUAACAAGUCCCACUUCAGGAACCACAAGUUUGCUGAUCUUCCCUAUGAGCUGCAGGACAUGGUCAAUAAGCAUUUGCACAGCACUCAGGAGUCUUCAGGCCCUGGUCAAGAGGCAACCCAUACCUUGGCCCCGUCUGAUGUUGUGCCCACCUCAGUCAUUGCCAGAGUUCUGGAGAAGCCAGAAUCUCUGGUGCUGAAUUCAGCCAAGUCCAGCAGUGGCAGCUGUCCCAUGGCUGAGGAUGUGUUUGUGCACGUGGACAUGAGUGGAGCCCCUCCUGAUGCCUGCAACAGUGCGGGACAGCUGGGGAAGGAGGGAGGGGAUGCGGGCAAGCAGCAGAACGGUGGCUGCAAGCCGCAGAGCAGUGUGGAAAGCGUGCCCGAGGACGUGCCAGCCUUUGAGAAGCUAAGUCCGUACCCUACGCCAUCACCCCCCCAUCCCAUGUACCCUGGGCGCAAAGUGAUCGAGUUCUCUGAGGACAAAGUAAGGAUCCCGAAGAACAGCCCCCUGCCCAACUGUACGUAUGCUACGCGCCAGGCCAUCUCGCUCAGCCUGGUACAGAGCGAGGACGAGAGCUGUGACAGGCACCGGACGCUCCCCAGCAGCCCCGCUUCGGAAGGGCGCCGCUCGGCCUCCAGCUGUUCCUGCCAGCAGUCCCCCAAAGCAGCCAGGGCUCACGGCUCUUCCCAGAGCAGCCCGUUCAGCAGCCCUCCCCAAAUCCCGAGCGCCUUCGCCAGCUCUGCCAGCUCUGAGGAGGACCUGCUGGCCAACUGGCAGCGUAUGUUCGUGGACAAGGCGCCCCCCACCUCGGAGCGGGUGCUGAUGAACCGCACGGCCUUCAGCCGCGACACGGCCCCUGAGCUGCAGAAGAGGUUCAGCCGCUCCAUGCAGGAGCUGGGGAGGGCAGCCUCGGCUUACUCGGACGGCGAGGAGUCUGCGCAGAGCUGCAGCUGGACCGUGAGCCGGGACUCGAGCGUGGACACGGACAGCACCGAGUCCAGAGCCCGCAGGAGCCAUUUCUCCUCCGACUACGGCACGGAUUUCUCCCAGGAUGAAGCCCAGAAGCUGUUGCAGGGAAGUGGUGGAGGCCCUGCUGAGCCUGGAAGCCCCCCACCGGAGAAGCACAAGGACUACGUGGACCUUGGCUUGCCCGAGAGCUCAGCUGACGAGAGAGAAAUGUUGCUCCAGGGAAGCAAGGAGAGCAGCCAAGGAGGAGCUCAGGAGGAGAGUGGAGAAGGCAGCAGGGUCAAGCCUCCCUUCAGCCGACCGCACCGCAGCCCCAAGAGGAUGGGGGUCCACCACUUACAUCGCAAGGACAGUCUGACGCAAGCCCAGGAGCAAGGCAACCUUCUCAGCUGAGGCAGGAGAAGCAGCAGCCACGUGCUGCGGAGCUGUGGGAUGCUUCCAUCUCCCCACCUUCUGAGGGAGAAACCUCUCAGUACCCUCUUCCCCCGGGGGAACUCUGGGCUAUGCUCUGAAAUUUUAUAUUUAUUCUCUUCUUUUGCUACCUGCAAGAGCUGGGGUCCUCCUUUCCCGGCACCUCAGGCCCCCAGUACUAGCACACAUUGUGCAGAAGCACACCCACUGCCCCGGCGCACUCGCGGCUCUCUCCACAGCCUCACACUGGUGCCUGUACCGGACUCUGUUCUUGGUACCCCUCGUCCUGGUGCCUCUGCCUCUCUGCGCUCUCACCUUCCCUUUCCCCUUCCCACUCAGGUACCUGAGGCCCCGGCUGCUCUCCCGCUGGUGCCCGCAGCUGCUCUGCUCUCUUUCAACGUGUGCCAACGGGGCAGAGUGCCUGCGUGGUGGUGUCUGAUUCCCUGGGAGCCCCCGGGGGCCGGGAGCGGGGCACCAGGACUCUCCCAGCGGAUGGCUCUGGCCCCCUGGGGGGUGCUGGUGUCUGAUUUUCCUGCUGGCUUUUGUUUUCCCCCCAGCCCUUUGGGUGGUUCUCCAGAAUCUGCCUCUGCACGUCCCCAUCACGGGCUCAGCGCACGGGUCCCCGUGCUGCGGCACCCCCAGCGUCGGUGCUACCCGCUGGGGGGCCAGCCCGCCCCCUCCCCGGGCAGAGGAGGUUUGGUUUUGGGGCUUUGUUUGCGCGUCUCCUCCCUCACACCUCUUCCCCCGCUCUCCUUGCCGUUGUUUUGUUUGAAUGGUGCUGACUCUCUGCUCUUGGGUGGGCUUCUUUCUUCUUCCCCAGCCUUUGGUUUUGGGGUGUAUUGUUUUUCCUUUCCCCACCCUGCAUAAACAGCCGCAGCGGUUGGCAGCCAGUCUGCUGCCUGCGUGGAGGGCGUGUUGAGGAGGCUCAGCUCCGAGCCGCGCUUCCCUCUGAUCGGCCUGCAGAAAUCCCUCCAGACUUGGGAACAAGAUCUUGCCCCCGGGGGAGCAAGGCGUGAAGGAUGCUACUGGGAUUUUCGGGGCAGGGCUUCGUGCAGGGCCCGUGGGGAUGCGAGGGCAGCGCUCUGGGGAGCCGCUCCCUGCGGAUGCGCUACCUCACGGCUCAGCAGCAGCCCUUUGCCAGGGUCUCUUCGUGCCCCCUUCUCUGGAGGGGGCUCCAGGCUGGCUCUGGUGCCUCUCCGGGGCUUCCCCUUCUGGGUAGGGCCUCUGUGCGUGUGUUUUUCCUAGCGUAGCGUGAUCUCGUGACUUUUCUUCGCUGUCUUGUGUGCUCAGUGUCUUAUUGGGGAGGGGGGAGGGAAGGGGAGAGGUCUGUAGGUGUAGGUAUUUUUUUUGAGGGCUUACAAAGCCCGGUGUCCCGUUUUAAUUUCGUCCUGUGCCCUUGUCUGUCUCACGUUUCUCACCUGGCCCAGGGGUGUGAGGCAGAGGGCUAGCCUGGUUUCUGGGCUGUGCUCCCCUCACACCUGCUGGCUGUCCCUGCUGUUUUUUUUUCUUUUUUAGUUGGAUUUGCGUUGUCUUCCUGCCCUGCUCCGUUAGUGCUCCUUGCUGUGCUGGAGGAGAGCAUCCCCCUGCCAGGGAGGGAGCCAACAGCCAGAGGUGCAGCCAAAAGCUGCCCCGGGGCCCUGCUCCCCUCCCAAAAUCCAUGUCUCUUCAGAGGGCUGCUUGCAGCUGGGGCCUCAGCUCCAGCCUGGAGGCUCCAGGGCCUGUGAAAGGGAGCUGCAGGCCUCUGGUGGCUCUGCAGGUGGCUCGGUGUCCCCAGCGCCGUCACCGUGUGUCCCACCUCAGGCAGCUGUGGAGCUGGGGCUCAGUAUUUCACUACAGUAUUUCACUCGAUUCCUGUGCAAACAGGCUGGUGCUGAGAGCAGAAGCCUCCCCUUAGCUUGCAGGGCAUUAUCUCCCGUCCUGAAAGCAGGGAUGGGGUCCUUGCAUUUGCUCUCCUCUGCCACUGUGCUGCUGCGCUGCUUCUGCAGCAUUGCUGAGGGCUUCCACCUGCAGCAGCUGCCGGGCAUCACCUGGGGACGGGCGCCCACUGAGAGCUCCUCUGCCUCCGAGACCCCUUGUGGGACAGCCGUGGGCCAGCACAGCCCCUCGAGCUGGCUGCUGAGGGUUAGCCCACGCUCCCAUUGCAGUCGGGGCUCAGUCCCAUCUCUCCUGGCAUUGCUGGGCAGGGGACAAAACCCGCUCUUGUUGCAGCUGACGGUGCUGGGCAGAGCUGGGCUCCCCUCUGCUUUUGGUUGCCGUAGCCUGAAAGCAAACCAGCAGAGGAACAGAGGGGUGGGAACCGAGUGCCCAAAGGCUUCCCAUGUUUGCUUUACAGCAUUAGGCAGGCAGGGAGAGGGAGCGGGCGGCCUCAAGAGGAGCAGAGCCCUCGCCUGGCUGGCGUGCUGCCUGCCCGCUGCACUCCUGCCUGCACACCUCCGGCAGCGUUGGCUCUGGGGGCUCUGGGGCCUCGAGCUGACCCCACUUCCCGUGUCCCAACUCCAGACUGUUAAUCUGUAACUAACGUGGUUUUUUUUCUGAAAUUUUCAAACUGAUGUAUAUUUUAAGACCAGAAAUAAACUAUUUUAAAAGUAA